AUGCUUUUAAUGUUUGCCCUACUUGCAUCAGCAAAAAAUUAUGCCGGGCACCCAAUAGAAUGUUUUGUGCCAGCCUAUUUUACGCGUGCUAUGGAACAGUACAGCGAAAAUUAUUGUUAUGUUCAAAAUACUUAUUGGGUACCGUUUCAGGAACAUAUCCCUCACAGGCUUGAUGAACGAGAAAAGUAA